AUGUACCCUUUUGUAUCCCACACUAAUGAAAACCCUCAGAAACCAGCCCUCCCUCACAGAACUCGUGGAUCAUUUCACUUGAACACUGCAAUGGAGGCUCACGAUCUGACUCAGAAUUUUGAAUACGGGCUCAACAAUGAGGGAAAUGUCUCAUUUGGCAUCCCUCUCACACCCCAAGGAGACAAAGGUAGCGGGUUUCACACGCAAAACGACCCAAAUAGCCCAAACCAGCGCGAGAACGUUAUAGAGCGCAAAAGCGCUGUUGAUAUCCGCUGCUCUACGAUCGAUAUCAUUCACGGCUUCUUCGCAUCUGAAGGCAAAGAGAAGGAUGUCUUUUCUACCUUGUUGGUCCUCCAGUUUCGCUUCGAUCCACGAAAGCAGGCACGGCGUAUUUCACACGUCGAUAUUGAGCUGAGGUUUUCUGGAAAGGACCGAGACCCCGAGGUCUUUGCCUUGUCACCCAACAGCAACCUUCGCAUUGCCCCCAUGAAACAAACGGAGACAACCACGACUGGAGGAGAGUUGAAUGUCAGCGUGGGCGGCGCCGGGGCCAAUGUAGGGAGCGCUUUGAAACGCAACCGUGAAGUUCAGAGGGAAACGAGCUACGCGGCAUCUCUUGUAGGGUCCAUCGACCUGCGCGGCCGCAACUACGGUAAGGCCAACUGCGCGUCAUGGACACUUAUAGAGAAUCCUGAAACCAAGGCUGGAGUGCCCGUUUCGAUGAAGACAGCAGUUUUACUGAAGAGGAACGACGAGGACCUCUUUCAGUGCAUGGUAACGCUCAAAGCCAAAGCGGAUUGGAAAACAUCGCUGGAGUGGUUGGUUGGUGCUACCCCUCCAGAUGACCCAGUACUUUUCGACCCAACUAUGGAUCCAACGAGUAAUAGGUACCAAGACAUGGAAGAGAAACUUGGGGACCUUGAUCUUGAUGCAAUUUGCGAUAUCACAUCGGAAAACAUUGUUGAAGGGAGUGUCAAGACUACAAAGAUGGGUGUCUUAAUCUGA